UGACACUGGAGAGGCAGAGAGGAGUGACUGCAGAGACAGAGCGGUGGGUGGGCUGGCCCAUGGCUGAAGCCUCGGUCCCAGAGCUGAAGGGAGAUGCCGAAGCCACACCUUGCCCCAGUGUUCUGGAACUGGAGGAGCUCCUGAGGGCAGGGAAGAUUUCUUGCAGCCAUGUGGAUGAAGUUUGGCCCAACCUUUACAUAGGAGAUGCGGCCACGGCAAAUAACCGCUUUGAGUUAUGGAAGCUGGGCAUUACCCACGUGCUGAACGCAGCCCACGGGGGACUCUACUGUCAGGGUGGCCCUGAUUUCUACGGCAGCAGUGUGAGCUACCUGGGGGUACCAGCCCACGACCUCCCCAGUUUCGACAUCAGUGCCUACUUCUCCUCCGCAGCCGACUUCAUCCACCGUGCCCUCAGCACACCUGGGGCCAAGGUCCUGGUGCACUGUGUGGUAGGGGUGAGCCGCUCCGCCACGCUGGUCCUGGCCUAUCUCAUGCUGCACCAUCAGCUGUCCCUGCGCCAGGCCGUGAUUACCGUGAGGCAACACCGGUGGGUCUUCCCCAACCGAGGCUUCCUCCACCAGCUCUGUCAGCUCGACCAGCGGCUGCGGGGCGCAGGCCGGAACUGAGGGGCCAGAGCUGGUCCUUCCUCCCUGCCACAGGGCUGUGCCACUUUGUUUCCCUGGCACUGGCCCUGUUGGUGCUGCUGGAGGCUCUGGCCCAGGUGG